UUUCCCGAGACGUCUUGUGACAGCAGGAAAAGAGGAGUGAUAACAAAUUGAGGAUGCUGUGACUGCACUCUCUCUUUAUACUUCUUUAAUCUGCAUAGUUUUCCGAGCCAUAAUGGCCUCGGUUAUUAAAGAAACACAGAGUAUAAAGGAAGCAGUGACUCUCAUAAAUGGCAUAGACGUCAACAAGUUCUCCAGACUGAUAUCCCGCAUCACGCAAAAGCUUCACCUCAAGGGUGAAAAGACAUUCAGUGAGGAAGAGGAGCAAAAACUUCUCUCUGCUCUUACACUGGACAAGCAAUCUCUAAAUUUAGUCCUGGAAACGUCUGCUUUCAUUCUUGAGCAGGCGCUGUAUCAUAAUAUCAAACCCGCAUCUCUGCAGAAACAGCUUCAGGCAAUUCAUGUGAACCCAGAAAAGGCUGAGGUGUUCUCUCAAACGUGGUCCACCUCUGGCCCCGAGCUGGUGGACCGACUAAAGCACAAUAUCUUUGCCCCCAAGAAGCUGGAUUUUGUCGGAUGGCAGUUGAACCUACAGAUGGCCCAGUCCAGCCAGGCCAGGCUCAAGUCCCCCAGUGCUGUACUCCAACUGGGCCUCCACAAUGAAGACUCUAAGGCUCAGGAAAAUGUAUUUGUUGAGUUCAACCACCAGGAGUUGCUUGAGUUCUACAACAAGCUUGAAAUCGUACAAGGCCAAUUGGAUUCCCUGACUUGAUCUUUGUUAAAAAAAAAAAAAAACACACACAAUCUCACACACAUACACGGCACACUUUAGUUGUGUUUGGCAGACAGCUUAGAGCAGUGGUCCCCAACCACCGAUUGGUACCGGGCCGCACAGGAAAUACAAUUAAAAAAACAUUUUUUAAUUUUAUUUUUAUUUUUUAUUAAAUCAACAUAAAAAACACAAUAUAUACCGUAUUUUUCGGACUAUAAGUCGCAGUUUUUUUCAUAGUUUGGCCGGGCUCCAGUGCGACUUAUAUAUGUUUUUUUCCUUCUUUAUCAUGCAUUUUCGGCAGGUGCAACUUAUACUCCGGUGCGACUUAUACUCCGAAAAAUACGGUACAUUAUAUAUCAAUAUAGAUCAAUACAGUCUGCAGGGAUACAGUCCGUAAGCACACAUGAUUGUAUUUCUUUAUUAAAAAAUAAAAAAUACCCCCACCCCGCUGGUCCACUGGAUUAGAGGAUAUUUGUAAAAACAACACACAAGCCCUUUUGAAAACAAUACAUCUUUUUUUCUUUACUAUAGAGAAGUCUGAUUGUGUGUGUCACAUUUUCAUCUGCAGGCUGUUGGAAGAAUGUAGGUUUUGCCAAUAAAGCUUCUUAAAUAAG